AUGUACGCUGAGGAACAGACCUAUCUGUAUAUCCGCCGCAAUUACCGUCAUUUCCACUGUGUUGAUGUUCUCAAGAUUCUACCCUACUUGCCCUGCCUCACAGCAAAUGAUCAGGAUCGCCUGAGGGCCACUUACACACGAAUAGGAAACCAGGACACCCUCUGGGACCUCUUCAACAGCCUCCAGUGGCGGAAAAACUGGGUGGUUUGCCUCAUUGAGGCGCUGAGGGCCUGUGCCCAUUCCGAUCUUGCUAAAGAAGUGACCAGGGUUUAUGAGAGCAACCUAGCCAAGGAUCCAAAACGUCCCCGAGCCUCACUGGAGCCUGCUGAAGUCUCAAGACCUGCUGAGGUUCCAGGGCCCGCCGAGGUUCCUUGUGUCCCUUACAAUGGCUACAGAGAGGAUGAGUCAAGUUACCCCACACCUGUCCAGGCCACCAGGCCACCAGAGUCCCUGGGGGAGAAAUCUGAGCAAGCCCCACAGACGCCCAGCUUCGGGGCUGUCCCGAGGAAGCCACAUGGGCCCCCGGAUCCCUCCUCUGAUGUGGUAGCCCUCAGCCCUUCGACCUCCGGCAGACAUCAGGAACAGGACUCAGAAUUGGGCAAUACCCACCUUGCAGGUGUGGUCUCCAGUCCGACGACACCCCGUGGACCGGUGUCUCCAUCCGUCUCCUUCCAGCCCCUCGCCCGCUCCACGCCCCGGGCAAGCAGCUUGCCUGGACCCCCAGUGUCAGCUCCACCCUCUGGCACCUCCUCCAGCUCCAUACCCCCUGGCUUGGCUUCUCCAAGAGGUGCUGGUGACCAGGGUGAGGUUCCAACCUGUGACACAACCUCCAAGCUGCCUACGAUGCCUGUGAAAACCGUGCCCUCCAAAGUGCCUGCCAGUUCAGCCUCUGCCCACCCAGUGCCCUCCAAGUUGCCCACCAGUGUGAAACCUGCUGGUACAAUGCCCCCAAACGUGCCUCCGUCCAAGUUACCCAUCACCACGGCGUGUGCAGGCACAGUGCCACCAAAAGUAUCCACUGGCUUGGGGUCUGAGCACAGGACACCCACUGGCCCGGGGCCUAACAAGGUGCCCACCAAGGCAGUACCCAGAAAUAGACCAGAGAAAACUACAGAGGCUCUUGCACCUGCAGGCCCGAGAGGUCAUGCUCCUUGGUCAGACAACAGAACCGAAGACUUGGCCACAGUGUCAGAACUGAGUAAGCCAGGGGUGCUGUUAUCCCGGGUGGACAGCCAGCCUUUCUCGAUCUCCUCUGAGGACCUAGCCAUCAGUCAUAGUGACUCCCUGCAAGGGGGGCCCGUCCAAGUCCCAGAAGAGAAUGAGUGUGUAUGCAGGUCUGUGACUUCCUUUGAAAUCCACACAGCUGAAGACCCCAGUGCUGACCUCCUGGAUGGCAACCCCAGAUCGCCUGUCCCCUUGGAGCCCCCAGUACAGGAGGUGCUGGAGACUGAGGUGCAGUACAACAGAUUGUCCUUCUGGAAGCUGGGGUUCACGGUUGCCACAGCUGGGGUACUCCUGGCCGCACUCCUGUUGCUGUACCUGCGGCGCCUGCCCCAGUGA